AUGUCUUCCCCAUCGACACAAAAUCCUCCUCCUUUAAUCUUUAUUUCGCCAUCAAUUUCCACUACCCUUUUCUAUAUUCUCACAGGAUUACUCAUUCUACUCGUGGUCUUCGCUUGCAUUGUUGCUUUUGCCAUCAUGAUUUCCUUGAUCAUCGUCGCCGUUGUGCACAGUUGUUUUGAAUUUUUCAACGAGUCACGUCAGAACGACCUUGAAGCAGGGAAUAAUAAUAAUAAUAAUAAUAAUACGUCCAAUGAAUCCACUCAGGAUUUUCAUCGAACGAGUGGUGCUGAACGUGGAAACCAUGAUGAUCUGGAAAACAACGUACAUGUCUUGGAAAUGUUAGAAAGAAUCCUUAGACAUUUAGGGGAAGGGCGAGAAGGGAGGAGGCGGCACCGGCGAGCCUUGGAGAAACUGCCGCCGUGUGUCAUUUACGGGAGCCAUAAUAAUAGUACAGAAUUGAAACAACCUACUUGUUCUUCACCUUCAUCAUCUUUCUCUUGUUCUGGUGAGAAUGGUAUUGAUGAAUGUGUAAUUUGCUUAGAGGAUUUUGAAAAAGGGGAUUCCUGUCAGGUUAUCCCAUUUUGCAACCACAUUUUCCAUUCCAUCUGCAUUGGAAAUUGGCUUAAGAAAAAUCCCACUUGCCCGCUUUGUCGACAUUGUUUACUUAGAUUAUGA